AUGACCGAUCAAUGUAGUGUAUCAAUGGUUGAUUCAACUCGAAGUAUGUCAUUUGAAACUAGUACACUAUUAACAACUUCGACUAUUAAUGCAUUACAUUUUCCUGGUCUUACAAUAUCUGGAAUAUCGGAUAUAGGUAGUAGUCGACCAACAAGUUUUAUUUCUGAUAAUACUGGCAUGUGUGAAUCAAUGAUAGAAAGUUAUUCUUCAGUAGGAGGUCAAGAUGAAACAAUAUUAACUAACCAUACAAAUAUUCUUCAAUUAGAUACAUCAAUAACAAAUAAUAAUUUUAAAAUUGAAAAAAAAGAUUCAAUAACACAAAAAAAACGUCGUUCACGUAAAUCACAAUAUGAUGCAUCAAUUGAUGCAAUAUUAUCACUUGAUAAAAUUGAACCUGUUAAUUUAUUUGAUGAACUAAAUGAAGCUGAUGAUGCUUGGUUAUUUGAAGUACCAAAAACUGAACAUAAAAAUGAUCCUAUAACGGAUAAUAUAUUUUCUUGGGUACAUAAAGAGUUUAAAACAAAUGAUAUACAAGCAAGUAAACAUCGACUUCUUUGUAAACUUGAUGAUAUGUCACAUGCACGAACAAUACGAAGUUUAUCAUGUCAUAAUUUUGUUGAUAAUCAAAAAAUUGAUAAUGUCAAAAGAAGUUUAACUGAACAACAAGUUAAUUCAGAACCCGUCAAAAGUGGUCGAUCGAAAUCACCAUUACAUACAAAAAGUCCUUUAUUUAAGGAAAAUAUUAAUAUUCGAUCAAUAUCACCUGCUAAUGGAAAUUAUACUAAUCAUAGUACUGGUACAACUACGAUACGGUCAAGAGAUACUUCAAGAGAACCUGAAAGAGUACCAUUGGAUUAUACUGAUGUUGAAGUUAUGGCCAAAGUACAACUUGAGAAUUUACGUCAAGCUGAGCGACAAGGUCCAUUGUUUAAACGUUUUGGCGGUUCUAAUGCUUCUCUUGCAUCAACCAGCAGUGGUACAAGUCUAUCGACGUCAAAUCGAACAGGAACCAAACCUCCUGUUGCUCCAAAAUCAAUAAUAACAAGAAAUGGUGUUAAACCAAAUAAUAAUCGUGCAUCAAAUAUGCAAACAAAUACGACUACUAAAACAAAUGGUUAUAAUGUAUCAACAGUUACACAACCAAAAUCUUCCGUAACAUCAACAACACGUGCUAGUGUUUUACCACCAAAUUCAGCUAAUAAUAAUCGUACACGACCAUUAACAAAUCGUCCAACACAAGUUUAUCGUGGUUCACAAACAUCUUAUAAUAAUAAUAAUAAUAAUAAUAAUAAUCCUAAGGCUCCAGUUACUGCAUCAUCAUCAGUUGAACGAAAUAGUAAAAAACCAACUAAUGGCUUUAGUUCAACAUUUACUACGAAAGAAUUUACAUCGAAUGAAAAUGGACUACUUACUGAUGUAAGUAAUAAACCAUUAAUAGCUCCAAUACGAUCACAAGUUGGACCACAACGACGUACUAUAUUACCUCAUUCAUCAACCUAUUCAUCUGGUGAACGAAUUCCAUCAUCAUCAUCAUCAUCAGUGAAUACAACAACAAGUAGACAAACAAUUCUUCCACGUAGUUCAUCAUCAACAUUAAGUAAAGAAAGAAAAAGUGGAAUACCAACUGUUGGAAAACAACAAAAAUCUAGUACUACAACUGUAACACGCCAUCAUUCGCUUUCUUCACGGCAUUCGACGAUGAAUGGAUUUUAA